AUGACCCGGCUCUACUUCUCCAGGCCCCAAACACUGGCAAGUCUGAUCCCAAUCCCCACCAGAGGCCUGGAGGCUGGAGAGGGGUCAGGUAGCCCAGAGGACCCAAGUGUGUCCCUCUGGGGUCCUGGCCUGGCCCAGCUCCUGGACAGUGCUUUAGGGCUGGCGGUGCUGGGGCUGACCGCUCGGACGGUCCUUUUCACGAUCAAACCAGCGCUGCUGCUGCUGCUGCUCCUAGUCAGUUUCCUCUCCUUUGACCUGCUUUGUGGGCCCCAAGCUCCCACCCUGGCACAGCACAGGCUCCUCGCAGGGGGCCAGAGUCGGGGGGCCGGCGAAGGUCCAGGACACCAGGAGUCCCUGCUUCUGCCCCUGGUCACAAGACCAGUCAGCCUCCAAGAUGCACUGCUCCUGCUGGUGUCCAGCCUGGGGCUGCUGCUGUGGGCUCACGGCGUGCCCCUGCUCCUGCUAGGCCUGGCUUUCUGCCUCCACCCUUGGGUCUGA